AAACAGUGCUGCCCACAGAGUGAACAAGAGAGAGUCAUUUGAGGAACAAAAGGAGCAUUUUACAGGGAGGGAGGGAUAGAUAAAGCUACAUGUGCCUGGCCAGGGUACAGAGCAAAGAAUAGAGACUCAGAAGUGUCUGGAGACAGCUAAGGACGAGACAAGUUGUUGAAGGGACAGGAGAGAUAGCAGAGCUAUUUCAAGAGUGAGCAACAGAAAGGGACGUAAGAAUUCACAGACUAAGGUAAACGAGGAAGGGUCCAGAGGCGGUAAGAGAAGGCCAGGACCAGGGCCAAGGCCAGGGCAGGCACGAUCGCUGAGGGGAUGAACUUCACAGUGGGUUUCAAGCCGCUGCUAGGGGAUGCACACAGCAUGGACAACCUGGAGAAGCAGCUCAUCUGCCCCAUCUGCCUGGAAAUGUUCUCCAAACCGGUGGUGAUCCUGCCUUGCCAGCACAACCUGUGCCGCAAGUGUGCCAACGACGUCUUCCAGGCCUCAAACCCUCUGUGGCAAUCUCGGGGCUCUACCACUGUGUCUUCGGGAGGCCGUUUCCGCUGCCCAUCUUGCAGACAUGAGGUUGUCCUGGACCGACAUGGUGUCUAUGGCCUGCAGCGAAACCUGCUAGUGGAGAACAUUAUUGAUAUUUACAAGCAGGAGUCAUCCCGGCCACUGCACUCCAAGGCUGAGCAGCACCUCAUGUGCGAGGAGCAUGAAGAUGAGAAGAUCAAUAUCUACUGCCUGAGCUGUGAAGUGCCCACCUGCUCUCUCUGCAAGGUCUUCGGUGCCCACAAGGACUGUGAGGUGGCCCCGCUGCCCACCAUUUACAAGCGCCAGAAGAGUGAGCUCAGCGAUGGCAUCGCGAUGCUGGUGGCAGGCAAUGACCGUGUGCAAGCAGUGAUCACACAGAUGGAGGAGGUGUGCCAGACCAUCGAGGAUAACAGCCGGAGGCAGAAGCAGUUGUUAAACCAGAAAUUCGAGACCCUGUGCGCAGUGCUGGAGGAGCGCAAGGGCGAGCUGCUGCAAGCGCUGGCCCGGGAGCAGGAGGAGAAGCUGCAGCGCGUCCGCAGCCUCAUCCGUCAGUAUGGAGACCACCUGGAGGCCUCCUCUAAACUGGUGGAGUCUGCCAUCCAGUCUAUGGAGGAGCCACAGAUGGCGCUCUACCUCCAGCAGGCCAAGGAGCUGAUCAAUAAGGUCGGGAUGAUGUCGAAGGUGGAGCUGUCAGGACGGCCGGAGCCAGGCUACGAAAGCAUGGAGAAGUUCACCCUGAGCGUGGAGCACGUGGCUGAAAUGCUGAGGACCAUCGACUUCCAGCCAGGUGCUUCCGGGGAAGAAGAGGAUGAGGAGCUGGAAGAGGGCAGUGCAGGGCCUGAGGAAGAGCGGCUAGCUGGGCCGGAAGGCCUGCACUGACCCUGAGCCCUGCACACCCCGGGCCUGGCGCUAGGUUGGUGGAGGAUCUGCACUGGGACCCCGCACCACUCAGCUCAUGCCCCAACCCGGGAAAGGGGCUCAAUAAAGGACUCAGGCGUCCCAGA